AAUAAUUGAACCAUUUUGCUAUCUGAUUCUGAGCAAAUAAAUAUAAGAAAAGCAUCUCAAUAUUCCAUUGUUACUUUCAUUUCAAACUUAACAAACCAAAAAAUAGCAACGAUUUUCCACGAUGAGAGACAUGAAAGAUGCAGGUGCCUUGGGAGCCAAGACAGCACGAGCCUGCGAUAGCUGCAUAAGCAGAAGAGCAAGGUGGUUCUGUGCGGCUGAUAAUGCUUUUCUCUGCCAUGGCUGCGACACUUUGGUUCAUUCGGCCAACCAGUUAGCUAGCAGGCACGAAAGGGUUCGGCUUCAAACUGCAUCCUCCAAGGUAACCACCACCACCACACACGCAUGGCACAGUGGAUUCACACGCAAGGCAAGAACCCCACGUCACAACAACAACAAACACUUUGCACUGCAACAACGUCUCAAAGAAGAAGUUCUCUUCAACAACAGCAGUGUUCUUCCCCUGGUUCCGGAGAUGGGAGGGGAAGAACAAGAGCCCGUGGCUGUGGAUAAUGACGAGACGGAGGAACAGAUGCUUUGCCGCGUGCCCGUGUUCGACAAUUAUGAUGUGAGAACAGAUGACUUGGACAGUUUUUCCGACAUGGAUUUCGCGGAGUUUGCUGCUGAUGUUGAAAACCUACUUGAGAAAGAAGACGAUGAAGUAAGCGCGCGUGUGGGAGGGGGAGUUCAGGGUGCAAUGGCGAAGGUUAAGGAUGAAGAGGAUAUUGAUGGUGAUGUAGCGUGUUAUCUGGAGUCAGUUUUUGACAUGACGAACGAUGAUGCCUUUCAUUGGAAUAGCAUUGAGUCCGUGUUGUCAGAUGCACGGGAAAAGAAGGAGUGUGUGGUGGCGAGUGAUGGUGCUGUGGGUGAAGAAGGAGGAACAAAGAGAGACAUAUUUUUGAGACUUAACUACGAUGAGGUUAUAACUGCAUGGUCUAGCCAAGGUUCUUCUCCAUGGACAACAUCAAACCCACCUAAGUUCAACUCUGGCUAUGACUUCUGCUUGGGUCUGAGUGGUGUAGACGGGGACGUAAGAGCCUUAAGGGGUGACCUAGACGGAGGAAGAGAGGCAAGAGUGUCGAGGUACAGAGAGAAGAGAAGGACUCGUUUGUUUGCAAAGAAAAUUAGAUAUGAAGUGAGAAAGUUGAACGCAGAAAAAAGGCCCAGAAUGAAAGGUCGUUUUGUGAAGAGAACAUGCUUUGUGGGGGCGAAUGCUUUUCCUGCUUACCAAUGACAUCUAUCAGUUAACGGAUCCAUCUUUGCUAUUUCUGCAAAUUUGGAUCAAUACUUGGUUUGGCUAUAUAUGUACACAUAUAUAUAGCCUGUAUUAUAUUAAACUAGUAAUAAUAUUACUGGGCAGUCUUAAUUUUACUAGACUUGUUGCUUGGGAUAUUUCUGUUCAUAUAUAUCUCCGGCAGGUUUAGCAAUUAGUACUAAUUGACCAUCUUUCCUUCUCAGCAAACUCGGGUAAUCCAAUUUUUGAAGCCUUUUUGUUGUUUCCUAUUAAAAAUUCAAUUAUUCAAUGCCGAUGCUGUUAUUUUAGGUAUUUUAGGUUGCUGAUUAAAGUUACUGGUAUUGGCUUUUAUAUUUUUCUCUGGUGACCACUGUUCCUUGUUUUAUGUACAUGAAGAACAAAUUAAACAACAUGAGGAGCGUACCCAGAAUGCAUUACAAAUUUGAACAAAUUCAUAAAUAACCAAUCUUCUCAAGCUAUGUACUGCAUGAUGGGAAUAACUGAAGUUCAUUUCAAUUGCAAGGGAUGGGUUGGAAUAGUAAAUGUAAUUAAUUUGCUUUAAGUAUUUGUUUUUACACUUAGCCCUACAUUUGAAAUCAAUUAAAAGCUCCGUGGUUCAAGUUAAGAAGAUGUUUUUCUUUCAUAACUUCUUCAUUUGCUGUGUGAAGGCUCGAUAUUGUUAUAUACAAGAGAAUUUACAACAAUUUAUACCAUGCAUUUUGUCCUCCACCUCCUUCCU